AUGCCCGCCAUCUUUCUGCUCUCCACCCAAGUGCUGGUCCUGGAACCACUUAAUUUCGUGUACCACUGUGUGUCGACGACCACCGUCUUGAACGAAUCGGUGACCGACCAAUUCAUUCGAUACGCCAAGAAGAUCUUUCUCGCGGCGUCCGAACAGUACACGACAGCCUACGUGUUCAAGUGCAAUCUCAUGGUGUGGGGUCUGUCUGCCAUCCUGUCGUUUGCGUCGCCGACGAACCACACGGCCACGUUUGAUCGCAAGUGCGAAUUCUCGCACGUGGACUUUCAACUCGUGUUCUCCAACGGUACAUCCUACAGUGGGCAUUUCCAUUGGGUCGCCUCUUGCCUGCUACCUCUACGAGCGCCUUUGCCAUCCGACGCUCCCUCGCCACACCAGAACUCUCUGUUCCUUGCCGGCUCGGCCACGCAUGUGUGUUAUGUGGACCAAGCGUCGGCCGCCAUCAACGGCAUCCUGUCGUUACGAAUCAAGAACACGUUUUACAUUUCCGACUUGAAGAUUUGCAUGUUUGUGAUCGAAGAGCCGGCCAACAGACGAGACCGCCUCGUGCGCGACAGCGAAUAUCAUUUGUUGAAGGCAAUUCCUUUGGGUGAUUGA